ACCCAACCCAUUCAUCAACAUCGAUCAACGUACUAGUCUAUCUACUACGUACUAUGAUGAUCAAAUCCCUUUCACUCUUCGGCCUUAUUGCCUUGGCCUUCACUUUCCUAUCUGGUGCUCAUGCUGCUAAAAUAACUAUCACAAACAACUGUCCGACAACUGUUUGGCCAGGAACUCUAACGGCAGACCAGAAACCUCAGUUAUCAACUACUGGAUUUGAGCUGGCAUCCAAAGCAUCCUCAUCAGUUGAUGUCCAAGCUCCAUGGAUAGGCCGGUUCUGGGCACGGACGCGAUGCACCACCGACGCCUCAGGAAAGUUCACCUGCGAAACUGCUGACUGUGCCUCCGGCCAGGUUGCAUGCAACGGUGCCGGUGCGAUCCCGCCAGCAUCUUUGGUAGAAAUCAACAUAGCAGCAAAUGGUGGACAAGAUUUCUACGAUGUCAGCCUUGUAGAUGGGUUCAACCUCCCUAUUUCGGUUGCCACACAAGGGGGGACUGGUGACUGCAAGCCCUCGAGUUGCCCGGCAGACGUGAACGCCGCUUGCCCUGCUGAGCUACAACUGAAAGGGUCUGAUGGGAGUGUGAUCGCUUGCAAGAGCGCAUGCUUAGCUUUCGGUGAGCCACAAUACUGUUGCACUGGCGAUCAUAACACCCCAGAAACAUGUCCACCCACAAACUAUUCGAUGAUCUUCGAGAACCAAUGCCUUCAAGCUUAUAGCUACGCUUAUGAUGAUAAGAACAGCACAUUUACCUGCUCCAACGCACCUGACUACGUUAUUACUUUUUGCCCAGCUGCUUGAAUUUAUGGAUCGAGAGGAAUUAUGUGUUCCUUCUCUCUAUAGUAAUAAUAGAACAAUAAGUACUGUCAUGGACUAAGGCACAUUCAUGCCUGUGUCUGUGUCUGUACGUGUAAUAAACGUUUGAAUGAUAGAUAUCAAACGAAUAAUGUAAACUUUUUCUUAUACUAAUUAUUUCGGAGCAAGAAUACUUGUGCUUAUGACAAUAAAUAUUUCUUCA